UGUCAAGGCUUAUGAGUACAGCAGCUGUAAGCUGCUCUCGAGCUCGCUCUCUCUACCAAGAAGGCUUUAACAGCUUUUUACAAACAGAUGUACAGGAACACUUGGCUCAAAUUUUUGCCGAGUCAGACCUGCAUCGCUUGUGCUCUUUGCUCUCCAAGCCUCCUUUGUUUACUGUUUUACGUGUAAACACAACUUACUUCAGCAGAGAAAUAGCAAAAGAAAAGCUGAUACAAGUGCUAGCGACCACACAAUUACACAGAGAAGAGAAGCAAUGGGAAGUUUUUGAACAUCCUCUGUUGGAUGAUGUACUCUGGAUUCCUUUUGACAAGCAGCAGUCAGUUCUAGAAUUGCCAAAGAAAGUUGUUGUUGAUCUACGGUGCGGAGAGUCAGUGCUACGAGGAGCUGAUGUGUAUGCUCCAGGAGUACUGGCAGCACCUACUGAUUUGCAGUCUUCGGAUAAGGUCAGUGUAUAUACAGAUGCUUCUCAAAACUGUAGAAGAGGUAAUACACAAAUGCCAGCAGAAAACGCUGUCUUUGUUGGCAAUGGCUGUGCAUUGAUGAGUCGUCGUGAUCUGUUCUCUGAUCAAUCUAAGAACAGUGGAGUUGCAGUUGUGAUGACAUGUCCAGUUUUCCCCGCUCCUUCUCUAAGUGGCGUUCUUCCAGACACAUUAUUUCUUCAGAAUCUGCCGUCUGUUGUGGUUACACAUGUUCUAGCUCCACAAUGUGGGGAUUGCAUCCUUGACAUGUGUGCAUCACCAGGUGGCAAGACAACCCACAUUGCUGCUAGAAUGAGAAAUGAAGGCACAGUGAUAGCAUUGGAUAAAACUCAGCCAAAGAUUGACAAAAUCCAUUUAAAUCUGACACGUCUUCAACUGUCCUGUGUUCAGCUAUACAAAUAUGAUGGUAGAAAUGCAUUUGAUAUAAACUCAAAAGCCCAGCCACGACAGUGUGAUGGUCCUCCUUAUGGGCCAAGUUCCUUUGAUAGAAUUCUUGUGGAUGCCCCAUGCAGUGGACUUGGUCAGCGACCACAACUCAUGAGUCGUUUGUCUCUAGGAGACCUCCAGUCCUUUCCUAACUUACAGAAGGCGUUGUUGACAACAGCAUUUCAUUUGCUGAAGCCAUCUGGGGUACUUGUUUAUUGUACCUGCACUCUCACUCCUGAAGAAAAUGAGCAGCAAGUGGCAUGGUUAUUAAGGAAGUUUCCUGAACUGACAUUAGUGAAACAGUUGAAAGCUGUUUCAUGUAGGAGCCAUACAUAGGUCGACAAGGAUUGCCCGGACACGGACUGACAGAAACAGAACGUCAGCUCAUUCAACGAUUUGACCCACUGUCAACUAUGGAAGCUGGAAGUGGUAGUUCACAACAAUCACAGACUCCAUCAUUAGACUCAUUGCACUCAGACACAAUAGGAUUUUUCAUAGCAUGUUUUGUGAAGUCGAUCAGGGCACUGGCACAAGACCAAGUGACAACACAACUAUGAAC